AUGGAAAACCUCCCGCCGAUCGUUGCAAAGCUGGGUUUGGCCAAUGAACAGACAUGGCUUUCGAUCGGUGCGCUUGCAGAAUCUAUGGAGGAUUACCCGCGAGCACUAUCUGCGUAUGAUUCUGCGCUUGUGUACAAACCGUAUUCCGUCCCUGCGCUCAGUGCUAUGGCGAGCAUUUAUCGCUCUCUUGAUCACUUUGAUCUUGCUGUGGAAUGUUUUCUGCGUGUGAUCAACAUUACACCAGACAAUGGCGAAGUGUGGGGCGCAAUGGGCCAUUGCUACCUGAUGAUGGAUGACCUGCAAAAAGCGUAUACCGCCUACCACCAAGCGCUAUACUAUUUGCCGAACCCUAACGAACCCAAGCUUUGGUACGGUAUUGGUAUUUUGUACGACAGGUACGGGAACCUUGAGCAUGCAGAAGAAACGUUUAUGAAUGUUGUCCGGAUGGAUCCAAACUACGAAAAAGCAAACGAGAUUUACUUCCGUCUCGGAAUCAUUUACAAACAGCAGGGCCAAUUUGAGUCGAGCCUUGAGUGCUUCCGCUACAUUUUGAAAAAUCCGCCGAAGCCACUCACGGAGACCGACAUUUGGUUCCAAAUCGGCCAUGUGUACGAACAACAGGGCGAGUUCCAGCUCGCAAAAGAGGCAUACGACCGAGUGCUUUCCGAGAAUGCCAAUCAUGCCAAGGUCUUGCAACAGCUUGGCGCGCUGUACAUGCAAGCGCAAAGCGGUUUCAUGGACCAGGACAUGGCUGUGCAGCUUUUGUCGCAAAGUCUGGACGCCGAUUCAAACAACCCCAAGACAUGGUACUUGCUCGGACGCGCGUAUAUGACUGCAGAGGAGUACAACAAGGCAUACGAGACCUACCAGCAGGCAGUGUAUCGUGACGGGAAGAACCCCGUGCUGUGGUGCUCGAUUGGUAUUCUCUAUUUCCUCAUCAGCCAGUACCAUGACGCGCUCGGCGCCUAUUCGCGCUCGAUCCGGCUCAAUCCGUACAUCCCCGAAAUUUGGUACAACCUGGGCAUUUUGUACGAGUCGUGCAACAACCAAGUUGCGGAUGCAAUCGACGCCUAUUGCCGCGUCCUAGAGCUGGACCCCGACAAUGCGAGUGUGCAAAAACGAGUGCAGCUCUUGCGGAGUGCCGACAGUUUAGGAAAGCCUUUGCCAAGCGUGCCGUUGCCCACGGACAUUCCCGCUUCGGCCUACCUCACUGCCGGCACCGUGGGUCGCUCGACGCCAGGCACCGGCGCCGGAAGUGUUGCGGACGAUAUGGACGUCAGUGUAGGCGAAUCGCGAGACAAAAGCUACACGCGCCGCGACGAAAUGCCCGCUGAGACAACGCACGGGCCACACCCCAGAUCCGACGUCAUUCCACCCGAGAUUCGCUAUCCUGUGCGCAACAGGGACAAGGAAACCGACUCGCCUGCACUUCCGUCCUACGCGGCAACCUACAACGACUACCGCAACGAUGCAGUACAUCCUGCGCCCGCAUCGAGUCGGUAUCACACCAAUGCCGCUCCUUACGAAUGGGAUCGUCAAUACCACCACGGCCCAGAGAGCGAGCAGAUGAGCAACGGCAGUCAUGCUCGUGGUGGCAGGGGCGUCGGACGUCCUGCCUUGCCAUCCUACGAAACAGAGCGCAGCAUGCGUUACGGUGUGCACCAUGGCGCAGGCUACACUAGCGGCCGCCCUUACACCUCUGUGCGCAGCCCAAAACCGGACCACAAAAAUCCAUCUGAUGCACACGCUUCCUAUCAUUAUGGUAACGAGCAGGACUAUGAAAAUGCGCGAGCAAGGAACGGGCGUGCAGAGCAAGACGAGCCUCAGCACGACCGCUCCCGACACGCCCCGCAUUCCACGCACUCCCCGAACCGUGAUGCUUCUAUCCGCGAGGUCGACGAAGACUACGACGAAGGCGCUGCUAGUGCGCUGAUGGGCUUGGCGGGCGCCGCUACAUAUGCAUCCAAUUCUGCGCACGAGAAUGAACCGGAUACGUCGCGUUGGAGCUUAGGAAAGCAUGGUCUUGAUCCACACAACCCAAGCGCGCCGAAACGUGCUCGGCUAAGCGACCUGCAUCCUUCUCCGGAGCCCGCUACGGGCGCCAACACAUCUGCAGUCGGCGAAAAAAAGUAG